CGCUUGCCGUAGUGUUGUGCAACAUUUAGCGCGCUCUUCAACACUGUACUAACCAUAAUACGUCCAUGGUACUGACGGGAAACUGCAGUUGCAGAUUAACCUAAUGCUACAAUAACUUUUCCAUGGGACUAACGUAAUAUUAAAUGAAUUUGCUAAAUCUUUCUGCCAGUAAUUAUCUAUUUAGGAACUCAGAAAAAACGUACGUACAUUAGCUCCUUUGCUGUGGGAAUGACGUUAGCGGGGUAACUAGGGGCAGAACUCUAAUUUAUCAACACAAGGAGGUGAGGAGUUAAUAGUUGUUACCAGUCUCACCGGGGAAAUAAGCAAAAUGAGAAGGAGUCUGGCUCCCAGUCAGGUUGCUAAACGAAAGCAGGGGGCAGAUUCCUGUGAGGAGGAUGAGUGGACGCUUAGAACUGAGAAAAGAAAGAAGAGUGAUAAAGAGAAGAGAGAAAGCCAUAUUUCUCCUUUCAGAAAGCCUCUGACACAGCUGAACAACCGACCUGCAUGUAUGGAUGGUGACAAGCAUGAGGAAUUUAUUCGAAGUAUACUCUCCAAGCCAUUUAAAAUUCCCAUUCCAAAUUACACAGGCUCUAUGGGAAUCAGGGCACUUGGUCUAAAGCGUGCAGGAGUGAGGCGAGCACUUCAUGAUCCGUUUGCAGAAGAUGCACUGGUUCUUUAUGAGCCGUUAUCUCUGAGUGCUCAUGACCUGAUCAAAGCAGACAAAGACAAACUACCAGUCCAUGUCGUUGUGGAUCCAGUCCUAGGAAAAGUCCUCAGACCCCAUCAGAGAGAGGGGGUGAAGUUCUUGUGGGAGUGUGUGACGGGCAGACGCAUCCCAGAAUCGUAUGGCUGCAUCAUGGCUGAUGAGAUGGGCCUGGGGAAGACGUUGCAGUGUAUCACCCUCAUGUGGACGCUGCUACGCCAAAGCCCUGACGCUAAGCCAGAGAUAGACAAGGCCAUUGUAGUUUCACCCUCCAGUCUGGUUCGCAACUGGUACAACGAAGUAGGAAAGUGGCUGGGAGGACGCGUCACACCAGUGGCCAUCGAUGGAGGGUCAAAGGAGGAGAUAGACAGAAAACUAGUGAACUUCAUCUCUCAGCGUGGUUUGAGAGCACCGACUCCGAUCCUUAUCAUCUCAUAUGAGACAUUUCGACUGCAUGCUGAGGUUCUGCACAAAGGCAAAGUUGGACUUGUCAUCUGUGAUGAGGGCCAUCGGUUGAAAAACUCUGACAACCAGACAUACCAGGCCCUAAAUGCCAUGAGUGCCCAGAGGAGAGUGCUGAUAUCAGGAACUCCUAUCCAGAAUGACCUGCUGGAGUACUUCAGCCUGGUCCACUUUGUUAAUGCUGGGAUCCUCGGUACAGCCCAGGAGUUUAAAAAACGAUUUGAGCUUCCCAUCCUGAAGGGUCGAGAUGCAGAUGCCAGUGAUAAAGAUAGGCAGACUGGAGAGGAGAAACUCAAGGAGCUGAUCAGUAUUGUCAACAGGUGCUUGAUAAGGAGGACGUCUGAUAUCCUGUCUAAGUAUCUCCCUGUGAAAAUUGAGCAGGUUGUCUGUUGCAGGCUGACACCUCUGCAGACAGAGCUCUAUAAGCGCUUCCUGAAGCAGGCCAAGCCCAUUGAGACGUUACAACAGGGCAAAAUCAGUGUAUCCUCCCUGUCUUCCAUCACAUCACUCAAGAAACUGUGCAAUCACCCAGCUCUCAUAUAUGAGAAGUGUGUGGAGGGUGAAGAAGGCUUUGAGGGGGCGCUGGAUCUGUUUCCACCUGGCUACUCCACCAAAGCUGUAGAGCCUCAGCUCUCUGGGAAGAUGCUGGUUCUUGACUACAUUCUGGCCAUGACAAGGACCACAACCAGUGACAAGGUGGUACUUGUCUCCAACUACACUCAAACACUGGACCUUUUUGAGAAGCUGUGCAGAUCUAGAAGAUACCUGUAUGUUCGACUGGACGGCACAAUGUCCAUCAAGAAAAGGGCCAAGAUUGUGGAAAGAUUCAACAGUCCAUCUAAUCCAGAGUUCAUCUUCAUGCUGAGCAGCAAGGCUGGUGGAUGUGGCCUCAAUCUGAUAGGUGCUAAUCGCUUGGUGAUGUUUGAUCCUGACUGGAACCCAGCCAAUGACGAGCAGGCCAUGGCACGGGUGUGGAGAGAUGGCCAGAAGAAGACCUGCUACAUCUACAGACUGCUCUCUACAGGGACGAUCGAGGAGAAGAUCCUGCAGAGACAGGCUCAUAAGAAAGCCCUGAGCAGCUGUGUGGUGGAUGAAGAGCAGGACGUGGAGCGUCACUUCUCUCUGGGUGAACUCCGAGAACUCUUCACUCUUAACGAGGAGACCACCAGCGACACACAUGACAGGUUUCGCUGUCGGCGCUGUGUGAACGGCAGAGAGGUUCGGCCUCCUGCAGAUGACGCUGACUGUACCAGUGACCUUUCCCAGUGGAACCACUGCUUCGACAAGAAGGGCCUGAGGGACCAAGUGUUGAAAGCCUCCUGGGACGCUGCCGUCUCCUUCGUCUUCCACCAGCGCUCUCACGAGGACCAGAAGGGUGUUGUAUAGCAAGAGGAACACAUCAGACUGUCACACUGCUACAUGUAUAUAUUGAUAUUUAUUUGUUGUUGAGUUUUUUCUGUUGAUUUUGUUUUUUAAUGAAAACUUUAAAGAAAAAGAAAAUAAAUGACUGACUGGUUAUCCGUCCAUCAAGAAUGCUGUAACUUCUUCAUAUUAAUAACUGUGUUUAUAACAUUUUUAAACACUGGUAAUAGAUUUGCCAGUUGUGAGGUUCAGUUCAAUUUUCAAGUUGAGAUCUUAAUGCAUUUCUUGAACUAUGGUGCAGUUGUACUUGUGCCCAGUUUACUGAGAUGUGUGCAGGUAGACGGAUACUCUUACCUGUGUUGGAUACUCAUGAUACUCAUGAUGUCACCUGUCUGUGACUCAGCUGAUAGUUGGAUGUUUGAGGGUUUACUUUAUUAAAUCCAUACAGACAUCUGACAGCAGCUGCAAAGAUGAUGCUGGAUAGAUGCCUACUCUACUAUAACAUUAAAAAGAGGUACCAAUA